AUAAGCUUAGCCCACAAUCAAAUCAAGCUGUUUCCAGAUGACCAGGUGCUACGGGAGGGGUCUACGGUGAUGUUCUGCUGCAUUUAUCCCACAGACACACACAUCACCUCUAUGUACUACAACAACACUGAAUAUCACGUCAUCAACAUAAGCCCACGGGUCAAAGCCAUUCGAGUGGAAAACAUCAACGCCACAAAUCAUUUCGGUGUCAACUUCUACUGCGACGUGAGCGGAGAUGUAGCCUAUAACAUUGUCAGCUUUCCUCCUGAGAAACCAUUGGAUUUUAGAUGCAAGACUGAAGACAUGAGACUCGUGCGCUGCUCGUGGAAGAUACACAGAGCCCCUAACCUAACAGGCGACCAGAGAAGGAAGUACACAUUACUAAUCAGUGACUCCAAGGCUGUCAGCUGUGAUGUGGAGAGCACAUCCUGUGCCUUUGAUGUCAUCCAACAGCAGAUCACCUACAACACCACAUUACUUGUGACAAAUAGUUUGGGGCAAGAGAGCGAGACCUACAUAUUCAAUAUCACAGACAGAGUUUUUCCAGUCCCUGAGGAUCUUCAAGUGACUGAAGAUGUGUUUGAUUCAUUGGUGAUCUUACAGCUGGAUGGGAGUUUCGAAGGACUUCCGUUGAUUUGCCAGAUUGAACUUGAACCAGGAGGGAUAAAACAGGUUUUAGAUAAGAAUGGAUCCGACUCAAUACAGUCUUACACAUUUAGACUGCAGCACCUGAAGCCCAGCACGCAGUACUUUGUUAGGGGGCGCUGUGCAGUACAGGGGAACGACUGGGGCCGAUGGACAACACAAAGACAAUUUAUCACAGUGCCACUAGUGACCAUAGAUCUGUGGAGACAAAUCAGGGACCAUCCUAAUCGCACCGUCACACUCCUGUGGAAAAUUGCCACCAGUGACUCAGACUUAUAUAUUGAAGCCUAUGAGGUGUGUGUGAGCUACAGAAACACAGAGAGGAGUGUGUGCAUGAACAUCACACACACACAGAUGAAACUAACCAGAGAAGUCAAUAUGAGUGACAUCACCGUGAGGGCCAUCAUUCAGUCUGGCUUAUCUGAACCAGCCAGCAUCUCUAUUCCUUUAACAAACAGCAUGCUGAUGGAGAAGAGGAUUAUGGGUAAUGAAAAGGGAUUUCAGCUGACCUGGACGAGGGACUCAACCACCACAUGUGGUUACAUUGUAGAGUGGUGCAUGCUGGGUGUUAAACUCCCCUGCAGCUUACAGUGGAGAAAGGUCCCAGCUAAUCAGAGCUCCUUAAACCUGAACGCAGGAGACUUUAAAGCAGGAGUUCUAUAUGAAUUUGAAAUCUACGAUGUAGCGCUGAGGGACAUUGACGCCAUGAGAAACAGAUCGGAUAUUUAAAAGAACAGAAGCCCAGGCAGCGCCCUACACUGGACUCUAGCCCAAAUAUAACAUGGUCAUUUGUAAACCUGAAAUGGAGUUUCGACGAGAAGGAUCCGAGUCACACUGGAUUCAUCACGGGAUAUGUGAUUAUGGUAUAAGAUGAUUCAGAGGCUGCC